ACCGGAAACUCCGCGCAGAAGUAGUUACCUACUAGAUAGUUAGUUGUGAAAGUGUCAAACCCAUUGCUAUUAAGACUAAAGUCUCUCAAAAUCAAUCACAACAAUGUCGGGAUCAUCCAACAUAGUAGCUAUGAAGAAAAUCGUCCAACAGUUGCGACUUGAGGCGGGCAUAAACAGAGUGAAGGUGUCGCAGGCCGCGGCGGACCUGCAGCAGUUCUGCCUCCAGAACGCCCAGCAGGACCCUCUGCUCACCGGCAUGUCGUCCAGCAACAACCCGUUCAGACCGCAGAAAGUCUGCUCCUUCCUAUAGCGCCGAUAAAACAGCUUGCCUCUGUUUUGGACAAUGCAGUGCCUUGUGGACCUGCACCAUGGACUGGAAUCGACUCAGGAGCGUUAGGGAAUUUGGGGACCUGCAACUAACUUAACUGUUUUUUUAUUUUCACCCUUGUAAAGUUUCAUGAGGAAACAGUUCCAGGUGCAUAUGUGGCACAAAAAUGUCUUAACUGACUUUCUUAGGAGUAACCAACGAUAUCACACACACGUGCCUUUAUGAACUGUACAUUUUUC